UCCAGUCGAGGGAGAGGGCAAGAUGGCUGCCGCGGCGGAUCCGGAGCCGAGCGCCGCCACCUGUGACUGAACGCGCCGUGUGUGCCGGGCGCCGCCCCUCUCUCCGGGAUCCCGCCGCCAGCAGUGCCCGUUCUCCGGCUUCCCCCCUCGGGCCGCCCUCCGGAAUCCUCUCCGCUCCAGAGGCCUCAGCAUGAGGGGGCGGCGAGGCAGGCCGCCCAAGACCCCAUCCCUGCCGCCCGCCGACGUCCCCCCGGGCCCCACGGCCGGACUCCGCUCCAGACUACGGGGCAUCAGCAGCCGCGGCCGCUGGGCUCUGCAUGGAGACGGCAGCGGCUCGCCCCCUCCCCGGGGCCGCCGGAGGCGGGGCGGGCCGGGCGGCCGGGGCAGGAGAGGCCGAGGAGGCAGGCCGGGCGCGGGCCGGACCCCCAGCAAGGUGGUCUACGACGACCACGAGAGCGACGACGAGCCCGAGGAGCGACGCUUCGACGAGGACAUAGAAGAGACCGACGACAUCGAUGACGACGAUUAUCGACAGGAGAUGGACGAGGAGAUCGAUGACGACGACGCCAGUUACUGCACGGACAGCAGCUUCAGGAGCCACAGCACCUACAGCAGCAGCACCCCUGGAAGGAGAAAACCCCGAGUCCACCGACCUCGCUCUCCCAUCUUUGAAGAGAAGGACGUGCCUCAGCUGGAGUUCCCCAAGUCCUCAGAAGACUUGCUGCUGCCGAGCGAGCACUUAAUGAGCGUCAUUGCCGUCUUCGAGGUGCUUAGGAACUUUGGGACGGUGCUGCGGCUUUCUCCCUUCCGCUUUGAGGACUUCUGCGCCGCCCUGGUGAGUCAGGAGCAGUGCACCCUGCUGGCGGAAACGCACAUUGCCCUCCUUAAAGCUGUCCUGCGGGAGGAGGACACCUCCAAUACUACCUUCGGGCCGGCCGACCUGAAGGACAGCGUCAACUCCACCUUGUACUUGAUCGACGGCAUGACGUGGCCGGAGGUCCUGCGCGUCUACUGCGAGAGUGACCAGGAAUACCACCAUGUGCUUCCAUACCAGGAAAUGGACGACUACCCCUACGGACCCAUCGAGGGCAAGGUGCAGGUUCUGCUCUUCCUGGUGGACCAGUUCCUGACCACCAACAUGGCCCGCGAGGAGUUAAUGUCCGAAGGGGUGAUUCAGUACGACGACCACUGCCGCGUCUGUCAUAAACUGGGGGACCUGCUGUGCUGCGAGACGUGUUCGGCCGUCUACCACUUGGAGUGCGUGAAGCCUCCUCUGGAGGAGGUGCCGGAGGACGAGUGGCAGUGCGAAGUGUGCGUGGCCCACAAGGUGUCAGGCGUCAGCGACUGCAUCGCCGAGAUCCAAAAAAACAAGCCGUACAUAAGGCACGAGCCCAUCGGAUACGACCGCCAUCGCAGGAAGUACUGGUUCCUCAACAGACGCCUCAUUAUAGAAGAAGACUCUGAGAAGGAGAAGAAGAUCUGGUACUACAGUUCCAGGCCGCAGCUUGAGGAGUUACUGGACUGUCUGGACAAGACGCAUUAUGAAGCCGACCUGUGCAAGACCCUGGAGGAGCUGCGGGGGGAGAUCCACCGGCACAUGGACAUCACAGAGGAGCUGACCAACAAAGCCCGGGGCAACAACCGCUCCUACCUGUCUGUGGUCAAUGAGGAAAUUAUGGAGCGGCUUAAAGCCAAACAUGAUGUAGCAGAGCCAAAUAAGACGACGAUAGAGGGAGAAAAGUCAGAAAGCACAGCCGAGCAGGAGAGUAGCAAAGAGUCGAGCUCGACCACCAAACCCGAGGACGCCGGGACGGGAGACGGCCCAGAGAAAGGCCCGGUUGGAGAGAGCGCUGAGACUGAAAAAAGCAAAGAAGAAGCUCCAGACACCAGUGACUGCAAACCCUCCAGUGCUCCAAGCAAAGAAGCCGAGAAGCCGCCGGCCGAGGAUGGCAGUGGUGUGACGGAUGAGAAGACUCCGGAGCCAGCAGCUCCUGCCUCGUCAGUGACAGAGUCCUCGGAGGUCACCCCCGAUGCCGCGGCUGCUCCAGAGUCACCUGAAGAGCAGGGGGAUGGCGCCAGUAAACCUCCGCAGCCCAGCGUGAAGCAGGAGGAUGCAGUGUUGGGGGACGGGAAGGUGGAGAAGUGCUCGGUGGAUACGGUGGAUCUUCUGAGUCCGGGGAAGACGCCCUCCAGGAUGGUGACCCGUCUGCGGAACCCCGACAGCAAGUUAAGUCUGUUGAAGAGUCACCAGUUCAGUGCGGCCGUCCAGGAGGCAAAUAAGAUUUAUAAGGAAGGCCGAGAGGUUUUGGUGGUGAAUUCUCAAGGCGAGAUCUCCCGACUAAGCACCAGGAAGGAUGUGGUCAUGAGGGGCACCUUGAGCAGUUACUUCAAGCUUGGGCAAGAGAGCAAGUAUCGCAUGUACCACAACCAGUACUCCACCAACUCGUACGCCCUGAACAAGCACCAGCACCGGGAGGACCACGACAAGAGGCGACAUCUGUCUCAUAAGUUCUGCCUGUCGCCCACCGGCGAAUUCAGGUGGAACGGCUCAGUCCACGGCUCGAAGGUAUUGACUAUAUCCACGCUGCGGCUUACCAUCGUCCAGUUGGAGAACAACGUCCCCUCUCCCUUCCUGCAUCCCAACUGGGCCUCACACAGGUCAAACUGGAUCAAGGCCGUUCAGAUGUGCAGCAAGCCCCGGGAAUUCGCGCUGGCGCUAGCAAUACUGGAGUGCGCCAUUAAAUCUGUCGUCAUGCUGCCGAUUUGGAAGGAUUCUCUGGGUCACACAAGGUUACGGAGGAUGACCUCAAUGGAAAGAGAAGAAAAAGACAAAGUGAAGAAGAAGGAGCGGAAGCAGGAGGAGGAGGAGAGCAUGCAGCAGGCCACCUGGGUGAAGUACACCUUCCCCAUAAAGCAUCAGGUUUGGAAGCAGAAGGGUGAGGAGUACCGGGUGACCGGAUACGGAGGCUGGAGCUGGGUCAGUAAAACGCACGUCGAACGGUUCAUGCCACGUUUUCCCGGAAACACAAACGUCAACUACCGGAAAAAGCUGGGAAAAACAGAAAGUGCAAUGGAGAUAGAAAGCGGUGAUAAUGAGGAGAGGAAGAUAAAACCCGAUCCUGCAGAAGACCACACCGUGAAGGAGGAAGACGCUCACAAGGACCAAAGGAAAGAUCCGGAUGAUGCAGGCGAGCAUAUGGCGGAAGAUGAGGAUUCCUUCCAGGAAGGGAAAGGACUCGAGGAGCCUGAACCCAUUAAAGAUGAGCCCAUGGAGGAGGACACUCCGUCCGUCAAAGAAGAGGGACCCUUUCCAGAUGCGGAUCUAAUCAACGUGAGCCUGGGCUUUCAGAAGAGGACUUGGUACAAGAAGAAGGUCAAAGCCUCUCGUCUGGACGUCUUACUGGAGCGCAGGGAGAGACAGUUUACCUACGAAGAAAAGCUGCGACUGGAGAGGCUGAAGCAGGGCAGCGCAGCACAGGAGAGCGCCGCGCAGCACAAACCUGAGAGCCGCAACGAGUUAGAUGACGCCAGCAAACCCAUAGCUCGUAAACUCAACAUGGACGACGGUGAGGAAAAAAAACAAGACCCUCCCAGCAACUCCACCGCUGGCGAAGACCCCUGCACCCAGGCCAGCCACACAGAAAGUGAAGAAAGCAAUGAUAUUCCUGACCAGACCGAGGAGACCCCCGACAACCGUUCUUCCAAUAGUAAGUCUGGGGAGAAGCCAGCAGAGUCCGUGGUAGAUUCAACACAGUGCUCAGAUAGUCCAAAAGCGGUCAAUGAUGAAUCUACGACCCUCAAAGAUGGACAUGAUGAAAGGAAUCAGGAGGAGGGGUCUGAUCCUACAGCUGAAAGUAUGGACACGGUCCACCAAGAGGAUGCUACCGAGCAGUCCACCAAUGGAGACCGGGUGGAUAUCCCUGCAAAUGACUGUACAGACAGCCCCAAAAAGAAGAGCAGUACAGAGAGGGCAGAAGUCCUCACGCCCCAGCUCAAUGGGAAUGAUGUGUUCCCUGAGAGAGGCCACGACUUGUGUGACAAGGAAAUCGAGCCAAAGGUGAACAAUGUCUCAAAGCCUCGGUGCGAACAUGGCGCUAAACUGAAAGGCCCGGUGGUCAAAGCGUUCAUGAACGGAGACAUAAAUAUGGAGGAAGAGGAGAACAAGAACGGAGCAGGUAAAGAGGAAGGGAUGCCCCACCCCCGUGAGGGGAAAAACCUGGAUGCAUCUAGUGAGCACAUUGAUAGGGCGGAAGGGAUGCAAACCGAGGAGCCGGAGAAGAGUGCUUCCUCCCCUGUGACCUCUGCGGAGGAGUCCAGCCUCAGCAAUGAUUCCAUGGAGCAGAACAGUGUGAGUGAGGUGGAAAAGUUACGAACGGUUGUCACUGAAGUGACCACCACAACAACCACUGUGUCGACGUCCAGGACCGUCGUCGAGGUUUCUGGUAAGUCCUCGAAGCAGGAGGUGUCGGAGAACAAGUCUGUGUCGAGCACCACGACGGUGACCAAAAUUGCCUCGUUGAGUGGUGAAGAUGCGAUGUCUGUCAAAGAGCAAAGCAAAACCGUGGUGACGGCGACCCUAUCAGACUCCAUAACCACUGCGUCCGGCACAGUCUCAUCGAUGAUGACUGUGAGCAAAGAGUACUCCACCAAGGAUCGAGUGCGGCUCAUGAAGUUCUCCAAACCUAGAAAGUCCCGUUCAGGGACGGCCCUUCCGUCCUACCGGAAAUUCGUCACCAAGAGCAGCAAAAAGAGCAUCUUUGUCCUGCCGAAUGAUGACCUGAAAAAGCUGUCGAGGAGAGGAGGAAUACGGGAGGUGCCGUACUUCAGUUAUAACGCCAAACCAGUGCAUGACAUCUGGCCGUACCCUUCACCGCGACCCACGUUUGGGAUAACCUGGAGGUAUCGUCUGCAGACCGUGAAAUCUCUGGCUGGUGUGAGUCUAAUGCUGCGCCUCCUAUGGGCGAGUUUACGGUGGGACGACAUGGUUGCCAAGCCCCCUCCUGGCGGGGGAAUAACACGCACAGAGUCCACCGAAACCGAAAUCACCACCACCGAAAUCAUCAAGAGGAGAGACGUCGGCCCCUACGGGAUCCGCGCCGAGUAUUGCAUCAGGAAGAUCAUCUGUCCCAUCGGCGUCCCAGAGGCACCAAAAGAAACCCCCACACCUCAGAGAAAGGGGCUCCGAUCGAGUGCACUGCGCCCCAAAAGACCGGAGACCCCUAAACAGACAGGUCCGAUUAUCUUGGAGACCUGGGUGACUGAGGAUGAGCUGGAUCUGUGGGAGAUCAAGUGCUUUUCAGAGAGGGUGGAAAAAGAGAAGAUCCAGUCUGGAGAAAGUAAAGGUGGUGACCUGAAGAAGGGAGAAGAUGGCAAAUCCCAAGUGGAUGCACAACUAAAGCAGCAGCGUCUCACCGCCCAGCAGAAACGCUUAGAACAGCAGAAGCAAUUACCGCUCACAUGCGGCGCCACAGGCACGACCACCACCAGCGCCACCUUGACACUUACCACGCCGCACAAAGUCAUGAUGGGCUCCUUAACCAGCUCUGUAACUCCGGGGACUAAAGUAAUGCUGGCGACCAAGGUUGCAUCUCCGACGGUAUCGUUCCAGCAGAAUAAGAACUUCCACCAGACAUUUGCCACAUGGGUCAAGCAGGGACAGACAACCACCGCCUCGAACACAGAUGUUUCAUCCGUCACAUCUAUCACCACCUCAGGCCAGACCUUCCAGAUCAGUGGAAGUCCAGUGUCUGUGGCUGGGAAGGUCCUCACUAAGCUGCCUCUGCCAGCCAAUAGCAAGAUAUUAGCAGUGAACGUGCCCUCGUCACAGGGAGGUCUAGUCCAGGUGCAGCAGAAGGUGUUGGGCAUAAUCCCGUCCACCACAGGAGUGCAGCAAACCUUCACCACGUUCCAGCCACGGACGGCAACGGUCUCCAUCCGGCCCAAUAAUAUGGGAACCACCGGCGCCACUACGACCACUCAGCAGGUUAUUACUUCCGCCGCACAGAUGCGGCCUGCGGUGACAGUCAUCCGGACGCCUUCCAUGCAGCACACAACCGUAGGGAAGCCCCUUAUGCGCACCCCACUCAUGGUGCAGCAAGGGAUCCUGCAGUCCAGUCAGCCUCAGCAGGUAGUGACCCAGAUCAUAAGGGGCCAGCCCGUCACCACUACCAUGCCCUUGGGGACUGCGGUUUCCAGUGGAGGACUGAAGGUUGGCACGCCAGUACAGCAAGCUCAGCCACAGGCCACCACCCCGCAGGCUGCCAGGCCUCCUCAGCAGGGACAGGUCAAACUGACCAUGGCCCAGCUAACACAGCUCACCCAGCAGCAGGGUGGAAACCAGAGCCUCACGGUUGUGGUCCAGGGUCAAGGACAGACGACUGGGCAGCUGCAGCUAAUACCACAAGGUGUGACUGUAAUUCCUAGCCCCGGGCAGCAGUUAAUGCAGGCAGCCAUGCCCAAUGGUACCAUCCAGAGGUUCCUGUUUACGCCGCUGCCUCCAGGCUCCACCCUAGCCAGCACGGCUGUCACCACCACCCCCACAGCAGUGUCGUCAUCGUGUGAACAGAAACCUGCAGCGCAGGGUCAGAACAACCAGGCCAACCCUCCACCGCUCGCUCUGGCACAGUCCACCCAGAUCCAGCCUCCAUGCACAGAACCCCCUAUGUUACCACCUCAGACCUCUGACCAGAUCCACCCACUACACCCACAAGCAUCUCACCCUGCUGGGACCCCAGAUGAUGGACAGCCGAAACAGCAACCGACCUCCGUGCCCUGGUCGCCCCAGACUGCACCAGAGACCGCACAGCAGACGACAUUUUCAGCACAUGGACCUCUCUCCUCCGAGACGACAAAUGCUGCUCACAUCCCUGUGACUCAGGUCUCUGUCCAGAUGCCAUCACAGUCUUCAGCGCAACCGCAAAUCCUGAGUCGACCCCAAGUUCAGACUUUGCCAUCGAGUCCAAGCCAAAUGCACCCCUCGAUCCAGAUGACUCUGCCGACUUCAUUCCACAUUCAGUCUCCACCGCUCCAGACAAAGCCGCACAUUCAGCCGGCGAACCAAGUGACGGUACAGUCCCCACCUCGGCCGCCGGUGCAGAUCCAGCCCGCUCAGACGCAGGUGAUCACAGUGCCCCAGCUCCAUCAGCAGGUGCAGGUCCUCUCCCAUCUGCCUCCACAGGUGAUGGCUCAGAUUCAACAAGGAGGAAUCCCCCAGCAAAUCAAACUACAGCUGCCUUUCCAGAUCCAGCAGGCCGGGGCCGCACAGGCGCACCAGAUCCAAAAUGUGGUGACCGUGCAAGCAUCUAGUGUCCAGGAGCAUCUGCAGCGGAUCAAGCAGAUCCAAGAGCAGCAGAACAAGAAGAAGCAGCAGGAAGGGAAGAGAGAGCAGAUGCCGCAGGGAGCCAACCAGAGCGACCUCCUCCAGAAGCAGGUUGUGAUGAAGCAGAACGCAGUCAUUGAGCACCUGAAGCAGAAGAAGACCAUGACACCGGUGGAAAGAGAAGAGAAUCAGAGGAUGAUCGUGUGUAAUCAGGUGAUGAAAUACAUCCUGGACAAGAUCGACAAGGAGGAGAAACAGGCGGCCAAGAAGCGCAAGCGUGAGGAGAACGUGGAGCAGAAGAAGAGCCGGCAGAACGCCAGCAAGCUCUCCGCCCUGCUCUUCAAGCACAAGGAGCAGCUGAAGGCCGAGAUCCUGAAGAAGAGGGCGCUCCUGGACAAAGAGCUGCAGAUUGAGGUGCAGGAGGAGCUGAAAAAAGAUCUGCAUAAAAUCAAGAAGGAGAAAGAGCGAGCCCAGGCCGCCGCUGCUGCCGCCGCUGCUGUUGUUGUUGUUGCACCCCCUCCGCUGCCUCCACAGUCACCCCCACCGCCCUCACCACCCCCACCACCGCCUCCUGUGCACAGGCCGUCACCCACGUCCCCCACAUCCUCCCACAAACGGAAGAGAGAGGAGGAGAAGGAGCACCAUGCUUCCAAGUCAAAAAAGAAGAAAAUAAUUUCCUCUACCUCAAAAGAGAAAGACAACAAACUCUACUGCAUCUGCAAGACGCCCUACGACGAAUCCAAGUUCUAUAUUGGCUGUGAGCUUUGUGCUAAUUGGUAUCACGGAGAAUGUGUUGGCAUCACAGAGACGGAAGCCAAGAAAGUGGAUGUGUACAUCUGUAAUGAGUGUAAACGCUCACAAGAGGGCGGCAGUGAGGAGUUGUAUUGUAUCUGCAGGACGCCGUAUGAUGAUUCACAAUUUUACAUCGGCUGUGAUCGCUGCCAGAACUGGUUCCACGGUCGCUGUGUCGGGAUAUUACAGAGUGAGGCGGAGUACAUUGACGAGUAUGUGUGUCCCGAGUGUCAGUCCACCGAAGACGCCAUGACGGUGCUGAGCCCACUGACCGACAAGGAUUACGAGGGGCUGAAACGAGUUCUCAGGUCGUUACAGGCUCAUAAGAUGGCGUGGCCGUUCCUGGAAGCCGUGGACCCAGAAGACGCCCCAGACUAUUAUGUGGUGAUCAGGGAACCAAUGGACCUGGCCACCAUGGAGGAGCGGAUCCGCAGCCGAUACUACAAGAAGCUGACCGAGUUUGUAGCCGACAUGACCAAAAUCUUUGACAACUGUCGCUACUACAACCCCAGGGAGUCCACGUUCUGCCAGAGCGUCGAGGUCCUCGAGUCCUUCUUCGUGCAGAAGCUGAAAGCCUUCAAGGCCAGCAGGUCCCAUAACAACAAGCUGCAGUCUGCCUCCUAGGGGGCGAGCCGCACGAUGACGCCCGACUCAGAAGAAUAGGAUUCAUUUGUCCAAAGGACAAAAGCGACAGGCGGGGGAGGAGUGGAUGUCGGAUCCGGCGAUGGAGUGGCGAGCGCUCCGUGCAUCCUGUCGCAUGUUCUUCAGUGAAGAAGCCGCUUUUACCGUUCAGAGACUUUUUGUCCUAUUUAUUUAUUGCUGAGAGACGUUUUUUUUUAUUCCUGCUCUAUUGUCGACUAAUUAUUUUUUCUUACGAAAACGAGAAAAAAAAAGUUUCUAAAAGGAGGGGAAAAAAAAGAAAAGAGGAGAAGCGCCGCUCCGGGCGGACGCACUCCGGAUCCGACGCGUAAUUUGUCCUGUGUUUUAACACGAUUCCUGGAAUUAAAUGGAGGAAAAAAAACAUGAAAUCCGAAAAAGUCAUUUCUUUCUAUGAAAGGAGAGGCUCGCGGGACGCCAUAGGCAUGGCGCCGCCAUGAUAACUGAUAAGACUGAUGACUGCAGACUGUUUGUCGGGGGAGGCGUCUGGGCCUGAGGGCCCCACCCCCACCGGAGGACACGCUCUCCAGAUUCUUCUUUGUAAAUGUUUGUCAAUCUGAAUUUUAAUUUCUUUUGUAAGUAAAAUUUUGGCUGUAAAUGACAAUAAACGGGGACGCAGCUGCCCCCCCACCAUU